CAGGAGCAAUUCUGAGAAGCGCGUAAUUAGGAGAGUGGCUAUAUAGGUGAGGAAGAGACCUCAAAAUGGGAACUAAUUUAAGGAAGAUUAAAGAAGAUUGUAAGAGAAGAUAAGAGUCAAGGCUCCUUCUACAAGGUCUCAAUCUGGAAUCAGAUUGAAAGCUCAUUAAGAGGAGGAAAUGUGUGUCUGGAGUCUGCCGUACUCUCCGAGGAGCUGAAUAGGGGGCUUUGCCAUCGAGAAUCUUGUUGUGGACACGGAUCACUGAUGAUUGUAAGGGAUCAUUACAACCUGUUUAGAGGCAACGUUGAGCCUCCACAGCCAACAAUAGAAGCUGUUGGAUAGGUCACGGGUCUUGGAGUCAGAAGGCCCUGGGGUCUAAUCCUGAUUCUUCCACUUGUCUGCUGUGUGACCUUGGAUGCAGUUAAUAAUGCACGGACCUCAAGUCCAGAUGACUUCCAAUGCUUCCGGUGACCAAUAUACCACCCCAACCUUAGACUACAGCUACAACCUUGACCCUGAAAGCUAUCUGUGUGACAGUGAAGAGGUCUUCGGCUUUGUCAGUAUCAAUAUCUCUGUCCUUUACUGCCUGGUGUUCUUCCUCAGCCUGAUAGGAAAUAGCCUGGUUCUGUGUGUCCUCAUAAGAUAUGAAAACCUGGAGUCCAUCACCAACACCUUCAUUUUCAACCUCUGCCUCUCCGACCUGGUCUUCUCUUGCCUGCUCCCUUUCUGGACCACAGCCCAUCAUUUGGGGUGGAUCUUCGGGGACGUCCUCUGCAAGAUCCUCAACUUACUUUUCUCCCUCAGCCUCUACAGCAGCAUCAUCUUCCUGACGGUGAUGACCAUCCACCGCUAUCUGUCCGUGGUGAAUCCCCUGUCCACCCUGCGGACCCACACCCUCCGAUACCGACUCCUGGUGAGCUUGGCCAUUUGGGUCACCAGUCUGGCGGCCGCCAUCCCCGACGCCAUUUUCCACAAGGUGAUGACUGGUUCCGAAAAGGCCGUUAACCCGGAGUUCUGUGAUUACUUUGAGCCCAAGUGGUUGUUGGUGUCCGUCUGUCAGCACAAUGUCUUCUUCUUGUUCUCCAUGGUCAUCAUCCUGUUCUGCUACAUCGAGAUCCUGAGGACCCUGGUCCGGUCCAGGUCCCGGCGGCGACAUCGGACCGUGCGGCUCAUCUUCGCCAUCGUGAUGGCCUAUUUUCUGAGCUGGGGGCCGUACAAUGUGCUUGUGUUCCUGGAGACCCUGGUAAGAUUCCACAUCAUUCCCAGCUGCAGCCUUUACAAGCAACUGGAGUACGCCCUGCACAUCAGCCGGGAGAUCGCCUUCUCCCACUGCUGUUUCAAUCCGGUGCUCUAUGUCUUUGUGGGGAUUAAAUUCCGGAGGCAUCUCAAGUCCCUCUGCUACCGGUUUGGGCCCUGCCGCCACAGCCCCCCCGGCGGCAGCUCCCGCUCCACCUCCCAAGCCGUCUUCCCUUACGAGGAGGCCUCUUUCUACUGAAGGGAAGGAUGCUCACCCUGCUACCUGGGAAGUAAAGUGUCCAAAGACGCUAUCCCAGAUCGGAUCGUAAGAAUUGCCACACUCUCUCAGACAGCUCUCUGCCUUUGAUGGAGGCUCCCAAAGAUGCUUUGGGAGGAAUGGCCGCCUUCCCUAGAAUCCAACUUUCCCCGCCUCUGUCAGUGACACUGGCAUUCUCCCCCUCUCAGAAGCCCGGAACUUAGACCUCGGCCUGGAUGCCUCACUCUCCUUCGUUCUCACGUUCGGUCUACUUCCAAAUCCUCCCGGUCCUUUGAGCGGCCCUCCGUCUCCGCCCGAGCAGCUACAGACUCUAUACGAACUCUGGUCGUUUCUCAGCGAAGUUAUUUUAUCAGCUUCCUCUCUGGUCUCCCUACCUCCAGCCCCUCCUCUCUCUAACUGUAUUACACACUGCUGCACAACUCAUCUUCAUUUUCAGCCCACAUCUCUCUGUUCCUACAAACCCCUCGCUGCCUCUCCUGUCCCUCCCCAUCAAGGAGAGACUCCUCAAAGUCGGCUUCGGAGAUCUCCACCAAUCACCCCACCUUAACCAGUUCUCUCUUUACCCUCUUUCUCCUAUCGGCUUUGUUCCUCUCCAGCUAACCAUCUAGCUAAACCUCAUUCUCAACUUUUCCACCUCUAUCCCCUCGGUCAUACUCUCCCUGCGGCCCAAAACUUUCUCCCUCCCCAGAUCCAAUAAACCACAGCCCUCUUCGUAUUCAAAACCCUCCUGAAAGCCUACCCGCUCCGACGUGCUUUGGAUUACUUGCCAGUACCUCACAUCACAUAAAUCCAUCUACCAUCUCUAACACCUAUCUACUUAUACUCAUCGUUAUGACCUGUGUAUUUUUGUUAAUUCGGUUGUACAUUGAACUAUUUAUUUUGUUUACUUUGCUCGUUAACCUUUUCAUGUUUAUCUCCCUUCAUUACAGUGCAAGCUCCUUCCAGGAUGGGAAUUUAUCACUUGCUUGUUUUAUACUUCCCAUGCUCUUUAGUACAUCGCACUGCAUGCUGUAAGAAUGCAAUAAAUACUGUGUCCAACCU